AUCAAAUAUGCGUCACAGCUGUUUGAUAAGCAUCAAGGAGGUUGGAGCUAUAUCCGAAUGUCGGUUCGGUUGCUCUUGCCCCGCAGCUAGUACAUAAAGGAUGGCGACAUCAUGCCCACGUUGUCGUCAGUUUCUGUUUCCUGCUCUAGAUCUGUACACUCGAUACCAUCCGUCUACUUCUAUUCACAUUUACGCCGUCUACCUCUAUUCACAUUUACAACAUGACCCGAAUCCUACUUACUGGCGGAAGCGGCUUCAUCGCUGCUCACACCUUGGAUGUGCUGCUAAAGCGAGGACAUUCCGUUGUUACUACAGUGCGCACCCAGGAGAAAGCCGACAAGAUCAAGGCAGAUAACAAGAGCGCUGUCGACAGCGGCCAGCUUAGUUUCGCCAUAGUACCAGAUAUCGCACAGGAAGGCGCAUUUGACGAGGCUGUUGUAUCAGACCCGCCCUUUGAAGCAGUGUUGCACACAGCGAGCCCCUUCCACUUCAACGUCACAGAUGUGCAGAAGGACCUUCUUGACCCUGCAGUCAUUGGCACCACGGGCAUAUUGAAGUCGAUCAAGAAGUCAGCUCCUUCAGUUAAGCGCGUGGUAAUAACAUCAUCAUUUGCCGCCAUUGUCAACCCCGGCAAAGGCAAUUGGCCAGGCCAUGUCUACUCGGAGGAGGACUGGAACCCUAUUACACACGAAGAGGCUCUAGAGAGCCCCCAGGCUGGAUACCGAGCCUCGAAAACCUUCGCUGAAAAGGCAGCCUGGGAGUUCCUGGACAAGGAAAAGCCCAACUUCACCAUCGCAACAAUUAACCCACCGUUAGUCUUCGGACCAAUUAUUCACGCUCUCGACAGUUUGGAAAACCUUAACACAUCAAACCAGCGUAUCCUGGCAGCAGCACAAGGCAAGUGGAAAGACGAAAUUGCCGCUACCGGUGUGCAUCUGUGGGUUGAUGUACGCGAUGUCGCGGAGGCUCACGUCGCCGCGGCGGAGAAGGAAGCCGCGGCCAACAAGCGGUUCUUUACAUUGGCCGGCCACUUCUCAAACAAGGAGAUCGGUCAGAUUGUUAAGAAGCACUUCCCGCAGUUCAAGGACCUGCCUGCAGAGUCGACACCUGGAGGUGACUACCCAGAGGGAGGAAUCAAGAACUACUUCUCGUUCAACAACGAGCGCAGUGUCCAAAUCCUGGGACUGAGGUAUAAGACGUUUGAGGAGAGCAUCGUCGAUACGGUCAAGUCCUUCCAGGCGAAGGGCCUAUGAGGAGAAUAGCGAGAUCGAAUGAGACAUGAAUGUAGACGUUGCGUAGACGACUCAAAUAGAUGUUUCCAUGGUC